UCUUCCUUUCAGAGCCAGAGAGAGAACCUACAACAACAUACAGACUUGGAGAGAAGCACACAAACUGACUCCAGUGCAGCCAGGGAGCAGAGGACACAGACGUGUUGGAGAACAGAGGAGCACACAAACUGAUCUAGAUAUAGUUAAAGCAGAUAGAAGAGUUGACAUAUGGAUCAGAGAGGACUGCAGAAACUGACCUGAGUGCAGCCGGAGAGGUUGAGGUGGAUGAGCUUGUGGCAGCCGUUUCCUGUGGCCAGGAACAGCAGCUGAAUCCCACUAUAUCAGACACUGUCAACAUGCAAACCUCCACUCCCAUUUUCCAGUAAAACCUCCACCCCACCCACUGCUUCAGCUCCAGCAAUCCCCAGCGAGAGGCAGCCCCAGCUUUGCUCAGGAUGCGUGCGACCUCCCCUCUCCUCCUGGCUCUCCUAGUCCUCCUGCUGCUCCCACCACCCACCAAGCCGAGGAAGGCAGGCCAGGGCAGGCGGCUCAAAUUAGGCAGACGCCUCCCCAGACAGGACAGGGUGAGAGGUGGGGGGCGCCAGGGCAGGUCAGGAGACUCCAGGCGUCAGGUUCCUGAAUGCUCAGAGUACAGCGACUCUGGAGACCUCUUCGUGGACUGCCAAGGGAGAAAACUGUCCUCCAUCCCCACUGCCUUAUCCUGGUCACGGGCCCCAGACCACCUCCUGCUGGCCCGUAACCAUAUCCGGGCCCUCCGCGAUGGGGCCUUCUCUGGCUUCGAGGACCUGAGGAGCCUGGACCUGCAGCAGAACCAGAUCUCAGUGUUGGAGGAGGGGGCGUUCCUGGGCCUGAUCCGCCUUACCACCCUUCUGCUGCAGCACAACCGUCUGGGCACGCUCAGCGAGGAGGCUCUCAUCCCCAUGCCAGCCCUGCGCUACCUGCGUCUCCAUGACAACCCCUGGAGCUGCCGCUGCAUACUUGACAGUCUGGUUCGCACCCUGCAGGUGCCCAGUAACCGUAACCUGGGGAACCACGCCAGGUGUGCGGAGCCAGUUGGGCUGAGGGGCAGGAAGCUGAGACAGGUGGACCCAGAGCUGCUGUGUCCGGAGCUGGAGCCUCCCAACGCCCCCCCAGAUCCCCAGGGGGAGGAGCAGAGGAACUCCACAUACCCUCUGCAGCCCAGCCCCAUCAGGGGCAAGCCUGACGCCACCACCUCCUGCCAUACCUACCUGUUCCCCACACCCCGACUGGACUGCAGAAGCAGAGAUCUGGUGGAGGUUCCUGCAGACAUCCCAGGGGACAUGGUUCACAUGGACCUGUCCCAAAAUUCCCUCCGGCGCCUGAAGGCCAGAGACUUUGUGGAGGCCAGCUGCCUGAGGUCACUCAAUCUCAGCCACAACAACUUGAAGGACAUCGACACAGCCUCCCUGUCUGGCCUUCUCCACCUCCGUGAGUUGGACCUUUCUAACAACAGCCUGCACUUCUUCCACUAUGGUGUUCUAGAAGACCUCUAUUUCCUGUCCCUACUAAGGCUGGGGGGAAACCCCUGGGUCUGUGACUACAGCAUCCACUACCUGGUGUACUGGCUACGUCUGCACCCAGGGGUGACCCACUCUGGCCUGCUGUGCCACUCCCCUUCUGAGCUCAAAGGAAAGAGUGUGGAGGACUAUGUCCACUCCUACAACAGAGCCUGCAGCCAGACAGAAUACGGCCAGACGGAUCCGGAAUUGUGGAACACAUCUACGGAGCUGCAGGGGGAGCUAGAGGAGGUGGAGCCGGCACAUCUGAGAGGACCGCAGAAAUACCACAUCACCAGGUUGAAUUAAACAACCACCCCAGGAUGGAAUGACUGACAUCUUAAACACCUUUAAAUAAUUUGUCUUCCUUUUAUAGAGCAUUCAAAUUCAUUCUGUAUCAGAUGGUAAAAACUCUUAACUUUGUUCAAUAUUGUUGUUCAUGCUUUGUCCCAAAAAAUCUAAACAAGAAAUCAAGAAAUAACAAUCCAAGUAGAUAUAUUGGAGUGAGCAUGUAUGAGAAUCCAGAAUAUAAAUGUGGUGUGUAUAGACAGUAUAUCAUUUGGAAAAUAAAACAGUAUGUACAGUAGUAGGUAUAUUAGGGUGAGCUAUGUCGAGAAUACAGUAAAUACAUACACAGUGAGUAAACAACAGUAUAUAAACAGAAUAUGAGGUGACCAGCAUUCAAGACUCUAGAUAAAUGGGGCAUUAGUCUGUAGGCCUUGAUUUACUGCAAGUCUAUUCAAACGUUUCACCCAUGCGUUUAUGCCGUUUGCACUCCCAUUGUGAGUCAGUCUGAAUCCAUUUCAUAUUGAGAGAACACAGCAGAACAAUCUCUUUGCCUCCAUUCCUCUUGCUAUUUCCCACAAUUAUAUUAAGAUUUUUCCAUUACAAACUGACUAAAAAACAGACAAAACUGUCUGAAGUGUCAACAAAGCAUUUAGGAGCCCUGCUCCUUUCCCAAACAUAGUCACAGCCCUGGAAUAUUUAUUUGGCGAGAUGUUUGAUUUUUUUAAAAGCAUAGUAAUCUCUGCCAAGAAAUAAGCCUUGGUGACAGAACUACUCCGGCUCGUGUGGCGCAACUGUGUAAGGCACUGCAUCUCAGUGCUUGCGCAUCAGUACAAAAACCCUGGUUCGAUUCUAGGCUUUAUCACAACCGGCCGUGAUUGGGAGUCCCAUAGGGCGGCGCACAUUGGCUCAGCGUCGUUCGGGUCUGGCCGGUGUAUGCCGUCAUUGUAAAUAAGAAUUAAAUAAAGGUUACUUUUUUGUUGUUGUAAUUAACAAAAAUAAUAAUUGAAAAUACUCUGUAACUGCUAAAUGCCUACAGGGGUGGUCACAGACGAUACAGUCCUGUAUAUUAUUAUUAUUAUUAUUAUUAUUAUUAUUAUUAUUAUUAGUACGCAUUUAUUUUUAUAUGACCCAUUUCCUAGCAUAUCCCCUCACACUAAACAUGAACCACUGCUGAUUAGUUUCCCUGCGGUUACACCCCUGGCCCUCCAAAUCGAAAACAAAUCACAAAAAAUGUGCUUGACCAGCAGACAUUAAACAUACAGGGGAACUUGUUAUUAUGGGGUAACUUCUUUCAGAAAUUAGUCCAAUAACACUAUAAUCCAGAGGAAGAGAGAGAGAGAGUCAUUCCAUCCACAUAAACCCAAUUCAAACGAAAAGCGUUUUUUAAAGCGCGCGAAUGCUGGAAAUAGAAUGCAUGAGUGAAUGAGAGAAAAUAGGAAUUAACCCGAAACCACACCGUCAAUGGUGUCGACAUUUGCGUGCGAGAGUAGAGAGCUUCAAUUCACAUACACUGCGUAGCGUAUGCCAAUUUAAUUGUUAUGAGAAUCCAUAAUAAACAGUUGUAUUUGUUAUGUUCA